AUGGCACAAGUCAAACUGAACGUUUCCGGAACAAUCUUUGAAAUUGACAUAAAAGAGCUUGAGGGCAGUGGGUUUCAGAGGUUAACAGCAAUGUGUUAUGAUGCAUCGAAAGCCGGUAAACCUUUAGAGUUCAAAAUUAACCGACCAGCCGGAUGUUUCAGUGCUAUUUUAUCGCAUUAUCAGACCGGAGAGUUACAUAUGCCUACAGGAGUUUGUCCCGGCGCAUUCCGUCGGGAACUUGAAUACUGGGAAGUUGAUUAUGGCGUUAUGCAGGAAUGCUGUCUGUAUAAGUACCAGUCCUUUAUUGAUGACGAGGAAACGCGAAAUAGUUUCUUAGACAAAGCGGUGACCUCAGCGGCAGAUGUCUCGGCCGCUGAUUCUUCGGUUGUCAUCGGAAAAUACCAGAAAUUCAGAAAGCGACUUUGGAAAAUCGUUGACAACAAUGAAACCUCAGUUCUUGCAAAAGUGUAUUUCUACCUCGUGUUCUUCAUGGUGUUACUGUCUAUAGUAUCAAUGGCAUACAGCACAGAGCCCUCCAUGAGACGUCCGGUGUCUGAAUGUGAGAUGAUAGAAUAUAUGCAACACUCUGAAAAUAUUCACGCAAGCAAGGUACAAAGUAUAUUAGGGAAUCCCGAUUGUUCCAACAGCGAGUCUUGGGACAAACCGUUCUAUAAGGAAAACUUUAAAUGGACGUUCUUUACGUUCAGCUGGGGCUGGUCCACCUUCCAGAGAAAUAACGCAAAUAACGACACAAACACAGCAAACAGCAGCGGACAAAGGCCAAAUAUGCUUCAAAGAAUUUUACAAGGAGGAGCGAAGACUACCGAGGUUCCAGAAGAGGAGGAGAUAUAUAUACCCGAUCUCACGGUACCAAAACUGCCUUUUUGUGUCAUUGAUCACGUGGUUAAUGCAUUUUUCACCAUCGAUCUAAUUCUUAGACUUGUUUCCUGCCCUUCUCUCCUGCAAUACUUCCGCUCUGUGAUAAACAUCUUGGACACCGUGGCGUUAAUUUGUUGUUAUGUUUACAAAGUAACUGUGACGAUAGAAAAAGAGUACCUGUAUAUGGACUCGACAUGGGUCCUACUGUUAAACUAUAUGCAAGUGUUUCGUACACUUCGGCUUUUUCGGGUGGUGAAAAAUGUCCGAGCUAGCAAAGUGCUUGCGUACUCACUGAGCCAAGAUGUCCGUGACAUUACUUUAUUGGCUCUGCUCCUAAUCGUCGGAAUAUCUACGUUCGCCUGUCUCUUCUACUUCGCAGAAUCUCGCGAGACAAUUCCCUCCAUUCCGAAUGCAUGGUACUGGGCAAUUGUAACAAUGACUACAGUUGGCUAUGGUGACAUCUCGCCUGAAACGGGAUUUGGGCGCGUGAUUGCCUCGAUCUGCGCAAUAUGCGGCGUUCUGCUGCUCGCGGUAACACUACCGAUGUUUGUCAACAACUUUCUCACAUUAUAUCAGUACUCCUGUGUCCAUGAAUCGAUUGAGAAAAGGAAAAAUGAGAAAGUAAGCAAAGAAAUCUUGCCCGGCGAACAAACAAAUUGCGGUACAGUAAAGCCGACGACAAAAUUCUCCGAAUUUCAUGGUUACAGCGUGAACACCAAGGUCAAACCACCAGCGUACACGCCACCAAAGAAACCAGUCGACAACUUCAGGGAAAAUACGAUUUAUCACGUGAAAGAGGCGGAAAUAAAGCAACAGCUGUCGUAG